GCGCGCUCGCGGACCAAGCCGAGAGGGCCUGAGUGACGGCCCAGCGGGCAGCGUCCUCGAGGUCGUCGGCCGCGGCGAUGUCUGCCCGGUGCUGUGCUGGCCAGUUGGCCUGCUGUUGUGGACCUGCUGGCUGUACCCUCUGCUGUGGCUGCUGCCCUAAGUUCCGACAGUCUCGGACCACCCGCUUCAUGUAUUUAUUCUACUUCAUCCUGGUCACCAUCCUCUGCUGUGUGAUGAUGUCACCCUCUGUGAUAAAGCAAGUGAAGGAGCACAUUCCCUUUUUUGAAGACUUCUGUAAAGGUAUUAAAGCCGGCGACACCUGUGAGAACCUGGUGGGCUAUUCUGCCGUGUACCGAGUCUGCUUUGGAAUGGCUUGUUUCUUCUUUCUGUUUGGCCUGCUGACCUUAAAAGUCAACAACAGCAAAAGUUGCCGAGCCCAUAUUCACAAUGGCUUUUGGUUCUUUAAAUUGCUGCUGUUAGGGGCCAUGUGCUCAGGGGCAUUCUUCAUUCCAGAUCAGAAGACCUUUCUGGAAGCCUGGCGCUAUGUGGGAGCUGUGGGGAGCUUCCUCUUCAUUUGUAUCCAGCUCCUCCUGAUUGUGGAGUUUGCACAUAAGUGGAACAAAAACUGGACUGCAGGCACCGUCCGUAAUAAGCUGUGGUUCGCCUCCCUGUCCCUGGCGACACUCAUCAUGUAUUCUGUUGCUGUUGGAGGCUUGGCUUUGAUGGCAGUGUUUUACACACAGUGGGACAACUGCGUUGAUAACAAGAUUCUCCUGGGAGUACAUGGUGGCCUAUGCGUGCUAAUCUCUCUGGCAGCCAUCUCGCCCUGUGUCCAGAAUCGACAGCCACACUCUGGGCUGCUGCAGUCAGGGCUCAUAAGCUGCUAUGUCACCUACCUCACCUUCUCAGCACUGACCAGCAAGCCUGGGAAAAAAGUCCUAGAUGAACACGGGAAGAAUGUUACCAUAUGUGUGCCUGACUUUGGUCAAGACCUGCAUAGAGAUGAAAACAUGGUGGCCUGUCUGGGCACCCUUCUUUUAAUUGUGUGCAUCUCAUAUUCAUGUUUGACAUCGACAACAAGGUCGAGCUCAGACGCUCUGCAGAGGCGGUAUGGAGCUCCUGAGCUGGAAGUAGCCCGGUGCUGUUUCUGUUUUGGUCCAGAUGGAGAAGACACUGAAGAGCAGCAGAAUGUCAAGAAGGGACCCAGGGUCAUUUAUGACGAGAAGAAAGGCACCGUCUACAGCUACUCCUAUUUCCACUUUGUCUUCUUCCUGGCUUCCCUCUACAUGAUGAUGACCCUGACCAGCUGGUUCCACUACGAAAAUGCCACCAUUGAGACUUUCUUUGUCGGGAGCUGGUCCAUCUUCUGGGUCAAGAUGGCCUCCUGCUGGAUAUGUGUGCUGCUGUACCUGGGGACCCUGGUGGCCCCUCUUUGCUGUCCCUCCAGGCAGUUCUCUGUGUGAGGAUCUCCAAGUGCCCCAUGGCUCAGCAGGCCUGUGCCCGCUCUGGAGGGCUGCCCUUUGAACAUGAGCACCAGGGGUUUAAGCAGCAACUGGUGCCCUGUGAAACGCUGACAUCCCCUCGAUAGCUUAAGUAGGUCUGACAAAGCUUUCAGGAAACAAGCUAAAUCUCCUGAUUAGCUUCUUGUUGUAAAAUCCAAAAGGAAACUACCAGCUUGAUCUACAGGAAUUGAAAUCUUUAGCCAAGCUGGUAGGUGCCAUUAUCUCUUUAUGCCUUACCCAAGAUUUAGCUAAAGUUUUGUUGCUGUUCUUCCAGGGCGUGUUUUAACCAGGGCAGAGCUUGGGGCAUAGCAUCCAUCCCAGGGAUGAAGAUGGCCUUGUGUGGCCUGUCGCUCUCAUCCUUGUGUGGCCUGUCAUGCUUAUCCUUGGCAUAAAGAAGCAACAACAAACACUGAGUGCUCAGCCUAAGAUGGGGUCUGACCUCUGUCACUCACAGCUCCCUGUUUAUGCAGAGUACAGAGGGAGUCUCUCCUUUGAGUCCACCCUCAAUUACUUCCACACGUCCCUGCCCACAGCAUUUUCUAUUGAGGUCAUGAUGCUGGGAGUCACGGCCUUCUUGUCCUCUCUGCCCUUGGCAGAAGUCCUUCAUUCUUGUCGAGGGUAGUGUUUGUAAUAAUGUGAAAAGCACAAUUUGUUCUCACCUUCAUGGAAUGCUCCACCAUGUUUCCCUACCCAAUACAAGUCACUGCAGUAAUCCUGUACUUGUUCAUGGUGAUGGUCAUGUGACUGUACAAGAUGCAUGCUGUUGUCUUUGCCCAAGCAGUGGAGGAUGACAGUUCUUACUUGUGUGUGUCAUUAACAGGAAUGCUUUAAGGAUCUUAACAAAAAACAUUGCUUCUUUACUGCAGCCUGCCAUACCCGAGUGUUAAGGUCAGCCGAUUCUCCCCCACUACGAAGCCUUCCUCAUUUACAGUGCCCCCAAUGUCAACAGCAUGGUUUCCUUGAAGUAGAGAAGGGCUGGGUUGAGGAUCCCAGGCAGCUUCCAACAGCUGGCCAGACAGAUUGGCUAGACAGCUGUGGUAGUGUGGAACUAGACUGCCUUGCAAAAGUAGGUGGUUGGGGGCAUCUCACAAGGCUAUGAUUACAUCCACACAAAUUCCUAGAUAGGUUUUGGUAAAGCAGUGCUCACAGGUAUGCAUUUUAGUGCCAAUGUUCUUGGUGAGGGAGGAGAUUUCCCCAGUCCCUAUCUGAACAAGUCAGGCAGAAUUGGGACUCACCUAAGUCUGGUUCCCACGUGCCAAAAUGUCAGAGUCUUCAUUUCUGUUCACUACUGUGCCCUCCUGCUAAAAGGACCCAGGGGAAGGAAAUAGUGGUGAAUUCUUUGGAGAACUUGCCUGCUUUACAGUAUUUGAGAUCCUGUCUUAAAAAUACACAAAUGAGGACACCUUGUCUGUAAACUUCAUCAUAAUCCUUGUAUAGGAGGAAUAGGUCAGGGCCUGUCAGCAGUUCGGAGACAGCUCAGGAGAAUCACAAAAGGAAUAGCUAUACACUAACUCUGAACAAGUCUACUUAAUCCAGUAGGAAUGGGAGCCUCCUCAGCUGGGAAUGGUUCAGAAAGUGGCCCCUGCUGUGCCUGAGGGAGGUGCUGUGAGAGGAGGCCGAGGGGACUCAGUGCUGGUGGGAGCAGGAUUGUUUGUCCUAGGUCUGUCUCUGCUGAGACUGGCAGCCAGGUGUGGUGACUUUUGAACUGGUCCUCAUACCAGGUCAUGGCCAGGCUGACAAGGCCACACAUUCCUGGGCUGGCCUUUGUUGGCCCCUUUUCCUCUCUGGAAAGCAGCUCAGGGAAACCCAGACAGUCCCAGUGGCAGCCCCCGUGGCUUCCCUCUGAACUAACCAAGCCCCACUCACUUUCCAGCUGCCUAAGUCUUGGUUGAGUGCAUGCACUACCCACCAGAAGUUAGGUCUCACACAGGAGGAAGAGCUGGCUUCCCCUUCUUUACUCUCAGCUGAUGGUAUUAGAUUGAUGGUCAGAGUUGAGUUGAAAGGUUUCUAAGUAAGAUAUAGGUAAGAACUGAACCUUUAAUCUCAGCUAAAGCAAGGGGAUCUCUGUGGUUUCUAGGCCAGCUAGAUCCUAUUUCAAAACAGGUGAUAUUUGUGAUCAUCGAUGAGAAACUACUCAGGUAGAAGCCUGUUUGUGAGCUUAAGAAUGCUAUUGUUUGUGAGACUUGAGAAAACUGGAAAGUGUGCCAUUGUUUUGAGAUAACAGCAGCAAUGUUAGCUUGCUUGAUCCACUGGUAGCUUUUAAAGCUAACAGACCUUUGCUUCCUGCAGUACCUGAGCAGAACUAUAAAAUGCACACUUUGAAGCCACCCGUCUGACCCUUAGCCACGGAGGUGGAGUUUUAGAAGUCAUACGUGUUCUCUCCCUCUCGUUUUUAUGAGUAAAACGUUAGUUAUGCCAGGGAGGGGGUUCUCCUGGGAAUCUCAUUCACAGAUACCUGGUUCCCAUGUCAUUACUGAGUCAAGUUUUGGUGGUGCUGGGUAGCUGAUCUGGGUUUCUUGGGAAGUCAGCAGAUGAAUUGUUCUCCAGAGGUUUGGGGAAGUUUUAUGUAGUGGGUGAACUGUGGUGUGGAAAGAGUUGGGGGGUGACAUGGAGUAUUGAGACUUUGGGGUUCUGAAUCCCAUAAGGAAUGGCCAACGGGAGACAUAGUGUCAUGUCUCCAGUUCCACGGGUGACUUCACUCCAGUAUUAACUGCCCCCUUCCCAAAUUGUCACCCUCUGCCUUUAUCCAAUGAUGUACUCAUGCCAUCCUUGGUGCUUCAUGUUACCCUAGAAAGAGAGCUCCAGAGCCUGUAUUGAAAUGUCCUGGGCUUCUCUUCUUCCAUUGCCUUUCUAAGCAGGGGCUCUUGUUCAUGUGCUGAAACAUAAGCCAAUGCAUAUCCCACAUCCUGCCAAGAAGCGAAAGGGCUUCAUAAGGAAGACACACACCAGAGAGGACCCUGGGCCUCCUCCUGGGACACGAGCUUGCCACCUGGUCAUAGACUCUCAAGGUUUCUUCUGUGACUUACUCACUAGUACACAUUUUCAUUUCCUGCAGAGAUGAGCUCUCUGGCAUUGCGGUGACGUCAGUAGACAGGAGAGCCGACACGAGGGCUUUAGCUCAUUUUCUAUUUUCCAUCAGUGAAACAUUCACAGAGACAAUUAUUUUGAAAGGCUGAAACACUUGGCUUUUACCAAAGAGGUGUAUUUAAUUUUGUUUUAGUUGGGCAAGGGCAGAGCCAGAAUGCGUUCGCCCAAUUGACUUCGAGAAAUUUAACCACAUUCAUGUGAGGAAAGUGAUAGAAGUCUUUAAGGUAAUCCUUUGGGAUCCUGGGAAAUUCUCUCCGGUAAAGAAAGAUUACAGCAGAUGAGUAAUAUAUGUCUUGAGAGCUAUUUAUAACAAUUAUAAGAGGAUCAUUUCGUUUCCAUUUAUUAAAGAUUUAAACUUUUUUACUUUGCAAAGGAAAAACUACAAACAUUUUUAUAGUCAUAACUGUUAAUUUUUUUAAAAAGAUUUUUUUUUUGGAAACAACUGUAACCAAAUUUUGUGGUUACAUUUUUGCUACAGCAGAGUUUGAAUGCAAUCUGUGUGGUAAGUCUACUGUUUGUUUAUAAAAGUCUUUGACAUGAUUAGAUUUUGGUACCUUUUAAAAUAGUUAUUUUUUCCCCAUUAGCCACAAAGCCAAUUAUGGAUUUGUAUUUGUGUUUUUCAAUGCUAAUUUUUCUAUGAAGCACCUGAAAUUGUCUGGCCUUUUCCUAUGUAGAAAACUCAAACUUGUUAACUCUGUACUUUAAUAAAAUGUAAACUUGAAAA